AUGAAACGAAAGAUGAACUACCUUCAGUCGUUUUCGUUCCGCCUGCCGCUUGUGGUCGUGCUGAUGACAUGCCUUGGUGUUGUGCACGGUGUUCGUGUGCAAUCCACCUUGCACGACCUUACAAUAGAAGUUAACAAGGAGGAGGUGUGCAUGUACUCUACUGGGGUCACUGUGAACGAAGGUGCAAUGCUGCACUAUCAUGUGAUGCAGGGCGGCGACGACUUCGACGUGUAUGUCCGCGACCCGAAGAACAGGACGGUGUAUGUCUCCUAUGCGGGGGAACAUGAGCUUGAGGACCGUGUGUACUUCACAAAGCACACACAGGGCGAGUACUCGUACUGCAUCGACAACCGUCCGUACUCCGGCAGCCGCAAAUCGGUGAAGAUGCUCAUGGGCGUGACUUCUCUGAAGCGCUGGAAGGAGCGUAUUGACCCGCUCACGAGGUUGAUGCAUUGGACGGACAGUUUCAUGUUGGGGAUGCACACCGACCAGAUGAUAUUCCGUAUGCGUGAGAGGAGCCUGCGCGAGAAGGUCGAGGAGAGCAAUACACUCGUGUUUCUGCGCGGCGCUGCGGAGACGGUGGUCAUUGUGUUCGUCUCUCUGUUUCACGUCCUUCUCAUCCGGCACCUCUUUGCCCGAAAGGGUCUGAGGGCAGUGGCGUAA